CGUUGGUAUUAGGUAUCAAAACCAAUAACCAUCAACCAAAUAUCAUCUAUGGCAUCGUGCUCUAAAUCUCUUCUCAUUCUCUUCUUUGUCUUUCUUCCUUAUCUUUGCUUUUCCCAUCCACUUCCAUUGCACCAACAUUCUCCAUUUGGCUUUCUCAACCGCCUCCAAGGAUGCAAGAAAGGCGACAAUAUCAAAGGCAUAUCUCAUCUUAAAAGUUACUUUCGACACUUUGGUUACUUCAAGGAUCGAAAAAAUGCCACCGGUGGCCAUCUAAUAGACAAUGAUGAUGUCUUUGAUGAUCUCCUCGAGUCUGCCAUCAAAACUUAUCAACUGUUCUUUCAUCUUAACUCUACUGGAUCCUUGAACGCUGAGACGGUAUCCCAACUUACAACUUCUCGAUGUGGCGUGCCAGAUAUUGUCGAUGGAGUCGCAAGACGAAUGCAGUCGGAGGGUCACGGUGGUCAUGAGCAUCAUCACCAUAUUGUUUCCCACUAUUCUUUCUUCCCCAGAAGGCAGAGGUGGCCACCUUCCAAGUACCACCUUACUUACGCGUUUCUUCCAGGCACUCGCACCGAUGCCAUGGCGCCGGUGGCUCGAGCGUUCAAUACGUGGGCUCAAAACACUCAUUUCACAUUUUCUUUAGCCACUCACUACAAAAGAGCAGACCUCAAGAUUGCUUUUUUCAGAGGCAACCAUCACGAUAACCAUCCAUUUGAUGGUCCUGGAGGGACUAUAGCGCAUGCUUUUGCACCUACUGAUGGGAGGUUUCAUUUUGAUGCUGCUGAGACGUGGGCGGUCGGGCCGAUGAGAGGGCAACUCGAUAUGGAGACAGUGGCGCUGCAUGAGAUUGGCCACCUCCUUGGUCUCGGCCAUAGCACAGUUAAAAAUGCUAUAAUGUAUCCCACAAUCAUGACCGGGACUAUUAAAGGCUUGAACGCAGAUGACAUCAAAGGAAUCAAAGCUCUUUACAACAUACACUAGAAAAGGUUGUGUUUGAAUAAGGCUUCUUGGCUUUUGCUUUUGCUUCUCAAUUUCUGUUGAGGUAGCUAGUUGAAGGAAAAAUAAAUGUUUGUCACUGUUA